GCAGUGGAGAGGGAGGCUGUGGGAGGGCCCAAGGUACAACCCAAGGUGGGGGACGUACUUCAUCCCGACCUUCCUACUGGACUGUGUUCUUGGAAAGAGCUCAAAAAGUGGGAUGAGUUUGAAGACAUCUUAGAAGAGAGGAGGCAUGUCAGUGACUUGAAAUUUGCCAUGAAGUGCUACACACCCACCUUGUAUAGGGGAGUCACUCCCUGCAAGCCAAGUGACAUCAAGUCCAUUGUUCUCAAUUCUGAAGAGAUUCACUAUGUCAUUAAGCAGCUUUCCAGGGAGUCCCUUACAUCUGUCGACACCCUCCGAGAGGAGGCCACUGCAAUCUUGGAGGAAAUGAGCCACAAACUUCGUAUGGGAGCCAUCCGGUUCUUUGCCUUUGUCCUGAGCAAAAUCUUUAAACAGAUUUUCUCAAAGGUGUGUGUGAAUGAAGAAGGCAUUCAAAAGCUACAACGAGCUGUCCAGGAGCACCCUGUAGUCCUGCUGCCCAGUCAUCGGAGCUACAUUGACUUCCUCAUGCUGUCUUUUGUUCUGUACAACUAUGAUCUACCUGUGCCAGUUAUUGCAGCAGGAAUGGACUUCCUGGGAAUGAAAUUGGUCGGUGAGCUACUCAGGAUGUCUGGAGCCUUCUUCAUGCGGCGCACCUUUGGCGGAAAUAAACUGUACUGGGCCGUAUUCUCUGAAUAUGUGAAGACCAUGCUACGGAAUGGUUAUGCUCCUGUUGAAUUUUUCCUCGAAGGGACAAGGAGUCGCUCUGCCAAGACCUUGUCUCCUAAAUUUGGUCUCCUGAAUAUUGUGAUGGAACCAUUUUUUAAAAGAGAAGUUUUUGAUACCUACUUUGUCCCAAUUAGCAUCAGUUAUGAUAAAAUAUUGGAAGAAACUCUUUAUGCCUAUGAGCUCCUAGGAAUUCCUAAGCCAAAGGAAUCCACCAGUGGGCUGUUGAAAGCUAGACGGAUUCUCUCUGAGAACUUUGGAAGCAUCCAUGUGUACUUUGGAGACCCUGUGUCACUGCGCUCUCUAGCUGCAGGGCGGCUCAGUCGGAACCCCUAUAACUUGGUGCCAAGAUGCAUCCCUCAGAAGCAGCCCGAGGAUGUACAUGCCUUUGUCACUGAAGUCGCCUACAGGAUGCAGCUUCUGCAAAUUGAAAACCUGGUUCUGAACCCAUGGCUUCUGGUAGUUGCCAUUCUACUUCAAAACCAGUUAUCCAUGGACCUGGACACCCUGGUGGAGAAGACUCUGUGGCUGAGGGGCAUAACCCAGGUGUUUGGAGGGUUCCUGCUUUGGCCUGAUAACCAGCUUCCUGAGGAAGUGAUCCAAUCCAGCAUCCUCCUGCACUCCAACCUGGCCAGCCUUGUCAAAGACCGGGUGGUUCUGAAAGUGAACUCUGGCAGCUCAGAAAUGGUCAAUGGACUUGUGUUCCAACACACCACCCUCCUCAUGUGCUCGGCCUACAAGAACCAGCUGCUCAACAUUUUUGUCCGUCCGUCCUUAGUAGCUGUAGCCUUGCACAUGACACCUGGGCUCAGGAAAGAGGAUGUCUUCAGUUGCUUUUCCUUCCUACGCAACGUGUUUUCAGAUGAGUUCAUCUUCCUUCCAGGAAACACACUCAGGGACUUCGAGGAAGGCUGUUACUUGCUGUGUAAAACUGAGGCUAUACAGGUGACUGGGAAGGACAUCAUCAUCACAGACAAAGGGAAUGCUGUGCUAGAAUUUCUUGUAGGACUCUUUCAACCUUUUGUGGAAUCAUACCAGAUACUUUCCAAAUACCUCUUGCAUGAAGAAGAGGCCUGCUUCACUGAGAGACAGUACUUGGUUGCAGCUAGGAAGUUCAUCAGUCAGCUUCUGGAUCGAGGUGCCUCUCAGUGUUACGAUGCCUUGUCUUCCGAGCUGCAGAAAAAUGCCUUAGCAGCUUUUGUGAGACUCGGGGUGGUAGAAAAGAAGAAGGUAGAUAGUAACUAUGUGUUUAGUGUGAACGAGCCUGCCACAAGCAAAUUAGAAGAAAUGCUCGGUUGUAAGACACCAAUAGGAAAACCAGCCACUGCAAAACUUUAAUAAUCAUGAAGCAGCUGUAGAAAGCACAGUUCCAUAGUGACAGUCACAAAGGACUUACUUUGCCACACAUGGGCAUCAAGAGGAGGAUGUGUCUUCUAUCUCCCUGAGACCUUGUGAGCCGUGCUUCUGCCAAGAGGAGGAGAUGACCAGUGAGAGCAUCAGUGUGAUCUUCCUGACAUGACGACUGCGGCACUCAUGUCAACCUGUGUGUUCUGAAAUAAAACAGUUUUUGGAAAACAUUCUUGGAAAGCAGAGCUCAGGCCCCAUUCACUGCCACUCAGUUUCCACACAUGCUCCACUUUCAGGCCGACAUAUGAAUAUGAUAGUAUAACAGCAGCUUUGACCACUCACCUGUGCAGGAAAACACUGAAGAGGAGACACAGGUGAGUGUCCAGCCCACAGCCUGAAGCUGGGAGCCUGAGCAUGACAAGAGAGUCCUCUCCUGAGCUCCCUGAGGGUCCCAGUCAAAACACAGGUGCACUAAGAAUAUUGCAUAUGGUUACCUUUAGUCUGUGUGGGUCAGGUGCAUAUAAAACAAAGGAAGUUCAUGUCUAGACUUAGGCCAGAUCUCUGAGACAUUUUGUUUGGGAUCAGCAGAUCUUCCAAAAUCUAAAAAGCAGCACAGUUCACUGUUCUUUGUCAGUGCAUUCAAUAAACUGUUCUUGCUGAAGAACAA